AUGUUCACCGACCUGCGAGCCAAGCUCAACCCCCCGAGAGGCCGAGAUGGGGCUCUGAAAAUGAACUGCGGCGACCCGAAAGAGAUGGAAGCCGCUGCCGCGCACUUCAGCUUCUGCCGGAACCUCCUGGAGCACACGGUGUCGGCCGAAAACCUCAACUACCGUCUGCAGCGGAACACGGGCAGCAGCCUCACCUGGCAUGACGGGCGGAGUCAGAGGUCAGCAGGAGGCAGGACUGUCAAGCUCCUACAGCAGCCGGGAACCGAAGGCUCACAGGGUCGUCCCUGUGAUCACUACGGCAUUUACCAUACCAGCCCCACGCUAGGCAGCCUUACCAAGCCGGUGGUGUUAUGGACCCAACAGGAUGUGUGCAGAUGGCUAAAGAAACACUGUCCCCAUAACUAUCUCAUCUAUGUGGAGGCCUUUUCCCAUCACGCUAUCACAGGUCGGGCACUGUUGCGGCUGAACGCAGAAAAGCUGCAGCGCAUGGGCAUUAUUCACGAGUCUCAGCGGCAGGAGGUCCUCCAGCAAGUCCUGCAACUCCAGGUGCGGGAGGAGGUCCGGAACCUACAGCUGCUCAGCCAAGCUUCUUUUGGAAACGUCUCCUAG